CUGUUUUGACAGUUCAUUGUUCUUCCAGUAUAGAUCCUAAUGGACUGAAAGUUGUAGGAUCAACCAAUUUGCCAGUCAAAGUUUAUGUCAAGAUGAAUCAUAACAGCCCACGUAUUCUAUGCAUUACGAGUCACCUAAGAAAUUCUGAAUUGAUCGAUCCCAUAUUCCAGUGGCAUGGACCAGGAGGUGACAUGGUCACAGAAAACCAGACUGUGAAAAUAACACCAACAGGAACUUUGCUAUUCCGGGAGUUUAAACCUGAGAUGAGUGGAGUUUACACGUGCUCCCUUGUAUUUAAGCCGACCACCGAGCAAGCUGAGAAAAGCUAUUUGAUCAAAUAUGUUAUUUAUGCUUACGCUGAUCCUAACUUUCACUAUGAGUUUACAGCCCGAUACCAUGCAGCUCCCUGCAACAGUGGCUACAAUACUUCCUUUGAGAAGAAAUUGCUUCAGAUACUGAGCAAGCUGGUCACUGGGCUUUCCUGUGAGAUUGCGUUACAAAAGUCCGAGUGCCAUCAUGUGAAAAUGCAGAGAGCUGGACUGCAAAACGUACUCUUCUUUACUUUCACAGUUUCUUCUCUAGAAGCGGAGAAAGGCAAAAGUUCGUGUGAUAAGAGUACUUGCGACAUAUCAAGAAGAUUACGAAAGGCGAGAGACCUAAUAGAGAAAUUUUUCAGCCAACAAGUCGAAGUCCUUGAGAAACGGACCGCCCCCCUGCCUGAGAUCUACUAUAUCGAAGGCACUCUGCAAAUGGUGUGGGUCAACCGCUGCUCCCAAGGCUUUGGAAUGAACCCUCUGCUGCACCCCGAUUGUCCUCACUGUUGCGUGGUUUGCAGUCCAGGAUCGUACAACCCUCACGAUGGCGUGCACUGCCUCCAGUGCAACAAAAGUUUGGAUUAUGGAUCAAAAACUUGUUAGCAGGAUGCCAGUAUGAACCUUUAGCUAUAUUUAAUAGCACAGAUGUUCUUUGUUUAUAUCUUGGUAAUACAAAUAAAAUAAUUUUGCCAUA